AUGGACGCCUCCCUGGCCAUCAAACCUGUGUUUGAACGUUUUCAGUCUGUGAUCAUCACGUCAGGGACGCUGUCCCCUUUGGAGAUCUACCCCAAAAUACUGGACUUCCACCCGGUCACCAUGGCCACCUUCACCAUGACCCUGGCCAGGGUCUGUCUCUGCCCCAUGAUUGUCGGCCGAGGCAACGACCAGGUGGCCAUCAGCUCCAAGUUCGAGACCCGAGAGGAUAUAGCUGUCAUCCGCAAUUAUGGGAACUUGCUCCUGGAGAUGUCCGCCGUGGUGCCCGAUGGCAUCGUCGCCUUCUUCACCAGCUACCAAUACAUGGAGAGCACUGUGGCUGCCUGGUAUGAACAGGGCAUCCUGGAGAACAUUCAGAGGAACAAGCUUCUGUUCAUCGAGACGCAGGAUGGAGCGGAGACCAGUGUGGCCCUGGAGAAGUACCAGGAGGCCUGCGAGAAUGGCCGUGGGGCCAUCCUCCUGUCCGUGGCCAGGGGCAAGGUGUCUGAGGGCAUCGACUUUGUCCACCACUAUGGCCGGGCCGUCAUCAUGUUUGGUGUCCCCUAUGUCUACACCCAAAGCCGCAUCCUCAAGGCUCGCCUGGAGUUCCUUCGGGACCAGUUCCAGAUCCGAGAGAACGAUUUCCUAACCUUUGACGCCAUGCGGCAUGCGGCACAGUGUGUGGGCCGAGCCAUCCGGGGCAAGACUGACUACGGGCUCAUGGUCUUUGCUGAUAAGCGCUUCGCCCGGGCUGACAAACGAGGGAAACUCCCCCGCUGGAUCCAGGAGCACCUCACCGAUGCCAACCUCAACCUGACUGUGGACGAGGGGGUCCAGGUGGCCAAGUACUUCCUGAGGCAGAUGGCCCAGCCCUUCCACAGAGAGGACCAGCUGGGCCUGUCUCUGCUGAGCCUGGAGCAGCUGCAGUCCGAAGAGACCCUCCGCCGCAUCGAGCAGAUCGCCCAGCAGCUGUGACUUGUGGGGUGACAGUUGGGCCUGGGAGAGGCAGCCUGGUGGGUAAUAAAGGCUGCCGAGCUGGGCGGCCCUGCCUCCGGGCCUCGGUUACUUCACCUGUGGAUUGGAGAUCCUCAGAGGGAUCUACAUCAUGACCUCACGAGAAGGAACGUGACCUCAUGGUGGAGCAGGAACAUGGAGCAGGCCAGGGAAGCGGCCAUUUUGCUGCAGAUAUGCCCACAGUCCCUGCGAUAGGCCCAAUGGGCUGCUGUAUACAUUUUAUUCAAUAAAAGCCGCCUUGGCACCAAGAAUCAGAAAUAAAACUCUCCCCUAAAAGAGUGCUUCUAAGAGGGCCGGCCCAGCCCCAUCAGACAUCGGAGGAAACUGAGACCCAGAAUGGAAGGGAUUGUUCUCAAGCCCUCACACAGGCCAGAGCUCUGGAAGCUCCCACCCUGACUACAUGGGGAAACGGGGAGAGCCAUUCACGGUGGGGUUUGAACCCAGGCCUUCCGAGUCCAAGCCAAGAGGCUGCCCCGCACCCAGAACAUGGCCGAGCGCCUUAUUGCUCGCCCUCCCUGUCCUCUCUUGCUCUUGUUCUCUCGGUGAGUUCCAGAGUCUGUUCUGGAUCAGUCUGGGGGUUCUAG